AUGCGCCAGGCGUUCAAUGAGAUGCCAUGGGAAUAUCAUCAAGUGGCAUCUCACGACGCCACACAAGUCUCACAGGUGUCCUUCAACAAUGUGACUUCGGGUAGUCUCCCGUCUCAGGUUGGAUUGGCUGGCUCGCCCUCGAACUACAACGGUCUCGUCGAUCGUGAGACUUACGCACAAGAGCCUAACCCCCAUCGCCCCCGGAAGACCAGAAAAGUGUAA